AUGCUUGGCGUUUUUCCAUGCCAAGGAAAAGGUAGUCCACCCCAGUUGAUGUCGCUAUCGAAUGCUGGCCACUUGCGAAGGGAAACGAACUGCGCUGAAGUCAAACUUGCGGAAAAUCUGCGCCGAGGCAAUGUAAUGAUGUAUCCUUGUAAUGAAAGGAGCUCAAUAUGGCUGUACGAGAACUCCAUGUUGAAAGACAAGACUUCUGGAUUGUGUCUGUCUACAGCAGGCCUAAAAGCCGGCGAGGACAUCAUAGUAGAAGCUUGUGACAGCAGUAAUCCUCACCAGCUUUGGAGUUUUGUGGAUCCUAAUUUGUAG